AUGAGUGGGUUGGAGCUCGGUGUGGCGAGGGUGCCGCCCGUGCGUGCGAGUCAGCACUGCCGGUGGUGUGUGCCGUCGCACACGCGCCCGCUGAGACGGAAUCUCCCCUCUCUCGAGCACCGUCGGGCACAGGUCUGGACUGAAGCAGCCAGCACCGAGCGAUCUGCUGCCCCUAGCGACGCAGAGGCCCCGAGUCCAAGUCACUCUCAGCCGCGUCUGGCCAGAGGCACGAUUCGCGUGCUCGCGGAGACCGAGGAGUACCUCGUCAUCGACAAACCCGCCGGGUUGUCGUUCCACCGAAAGAUAGGCGAACACUCCGCCGACGGCGAAGAGCAGGACGGAACGCUGCAGGCUGUACGGAGGGCCCAAAGGGAGGGGUUGCUCCUUGGGAGCGCGUAUCAGGGCCGGCUGCACUCCGUGCACCGCCUCGACGAGCCCACGUCGGGGGCGCUGCUCUUCGCGAAGAGCAGCGAGGCUGCGGGGACGGCCAGCGCGCUGUUCCGCGACCAUUCCGUGGUAAAGUAUUACGUUGCUAUUUCGCAGCGUCGGCCGAAGAAGAAGCAGGGCACGGUCAAGGGGGGCAUGCGGCGGUCGCGCCGCGGCGGGUGGAUGCUCACGCGCGCCGUCAAGGGCGCCGACAACGUCGCGGUCACGCGGUUUCGGUCAUGGUCGAUCGCGGGCCUGGGGGCCGGAAUGCGCGCGUACGUGCUGCGGCCGGAGACGGGGCGGACGCACCAGCUGCGCGUGGCGAUGAAGUCGCUCGGGGCGCCGAUCGCGGGGGACAAGGCGUACGGCACGGGCAACGGCGACCGGUUGUACUUGCACGCGGCGGCGCUGCGUGUGCCGCUGGGCCCGAAGGGCGCAGGGGUGCUGGAGGUGGUGUCGGUGCCGACGGACGGGACGUACUUCGCGUCGGCGGCGUUCCGGGAGGAGUGGUGGGAGGAGGUGUUUCUGCCGCAGGUCAGACGCACUGGGGGGGUGUGGUUCGCGGACGACCCCCUGCUGCGGUCCGAGGGCCGCUCCGACGCGUCGACCGAGCGAGCGGAGUGA